AUGGCUGGUCCGAUUGAUACGGCGGCCGCUGCUUUUAAUAAAUUCGUUAUCAUAUGGUUCCGUAUCUACCAAUUGGUGCUUGCAAAGAUCCUCUCGCCAGACCCUCCUCCUCCCGGAAAGAGGUUGCAAAGACCUCGAAUCGCUAUCGUAGGAGCGGGACUCACAGGUGUCUCUGCCGCAGCACACUGUGUCGGCAAUGGCUUUGAUGUUCACAUUUUCGAGGCAGGCCCUCGGGAACAUCUGGGAGGCAUCUGGGCGAAAGUAAACAACACCUCAGGUUUGCAGAUACAUUCUGUGAGUGCCAGAAUCGUGAUGCCUGUUUUGAAUCUGUGGCAGUGUAUGGGUUCUUCUACCGCAGAUGGGCUGACUCUACGCUUGUCUUGCAGGNUCAUGUAUCGCUUCUUCCCCACCGUAUUCUGGAGUAAAGGCUAUCCCAAUCGCAGAGAAAUCGUUGAGCAAAUCGAAAAGGUCUGGAAGACGUACAACCUCCAAGAGAAGACUACAUUCGAUCACAAGGUCGAGUCGGUCAAGGAAGAUGACAAAGGUCGAUGGAUCAUAAAUGACAAUUCGGACGAGAAGUUCGAUGGUAUCAUUGCCGCAAUUGGCAGUUGUGGUGAUCCCAAGAUGCCUUCUAUGCCCGGCCAAGACAAGUUCAAAGGACAAAUAUACCACUCUAGCGAACUCGACGGCAAAGACGUCCAAGGCAAGACCGUUCUAAUCAUCGGUGGCGGCGCUAGUGCCAUUGAGGCCAUGGAGUUCACCACGAAACAAAAGGCAAAGAAAGUAAAGAUCCUUUCGAGAUCUGAGAAAUGGAUCAUUCCUCGUAACCCUGUCAUAGACAUGCUUCUCUCCUUCAACAUCUUCGGACAAGAGACCGUCUUCUCGUGGAUUCCGGAGAAACUUCUGAGAAAGUUCUUCUACCGUGACUUGGCAGACAUCUCACCUCCACCUGGUUCGGCUGGUCUUUUCGAGGAGACGCCCAUGGUCAACAACGAUGUCUUGGAGCAGAUCCGAGAGGGCAAUGCCGAUUGGCUGCGUGGCGACAUCGUGGAAUUUGAAGAAAAUGGCAUCAGAUUCAACCGCCGCCAACAAGGUGUGCCCAAGAACGGACCUGGUUACGAAAAGGUAGAGGAAGGUGAAGUCGUCAUCAUGGCAACAGGAUACAAGCGUCCUAGUUUGAGCUUCUUGCCUGAGGAGUGUUUCACUGAGCCUUACUCUGCUCCCAAUUGGUACGUUGNNUAUCUCCAAACCUUCCCUCCUCAACACAAGUCCAUCUGUGCCAACAACUGCACUUACGUUGGUGGAAUUGGCACGGUUGGAAACUUCCACAUCGGCAUAUACACCCGUAUCCUGCUCAUGUUCCUCCUCGAUCCACUUACCCGACCAUCAACCUACUGGAUGCAAUUCUGGGUCGACAUGACCAGAUGGCUCAAAGCUCGCGCUCCUACUGGCGCAUUCGAUUUCUUCACUUAUAGCGAACUGUUGUGGUGGUUCUUCUUCUGCAUCGUCAUCAAUCCCUUCCGUUACAAGUGGGCCAUCUUCGUGUUCACCGGUGUAGGCAUUGGACUACCCCUGAAUGUCGUUGACAAGGAGGACAAGAUCAGAAAUGGACUCGGUAGGCCUGCCGACCACAAAACACAUACCUACUAG